AAAGUCUACGUCCAGCAGAGGAACAGUAACAUUUUCUUCUUGGCAGACAGAAGUCAGACACUGAGCUCAUGCAGAAAGGAACUGGAUAACAUGAAAAAGGAUCUGCAGGAUCUGUAAGACUGACCUUCAACCACAACAAUGUGCGGAAUCUUCUGUCUGCUGAGUCUGUUGCCCGCUCAGUUUGAGUGGGACAAAACAGUUCAUGAACAUUUAAGGAGAAGAGGGCCCAACUGGAGCCAGGAUCUAACAGUCAGAGGCACAAAUCCCUGCUAUCAGUGUGUAUUCUCUGCUCACGUUCUUCACAUGAGAGGUCUCCUCACUCCUCAGCCAGUUCAGGACAAUGCUGGGAAUGUCCUGGUGUGGAACGGGGAGAUUUUUGGAGGCCUCCCUGUGAUGCCAGAGGAAAAUGACACUGCUGUUGUCUCUCAGAGGCUUUCAUCCUGCAACAGCCCAUCAGAGAUUUUGUCAGUCCUCUCCACUAUACGGGGCCCGUGGGGGUUUGUUUACUACCAAAAGGCUGGAGACUAUCUCUGGUUUGGCAGAGACUUCCUUGGCAGGCGGAGUUUGCUGUGGAAAUUUGAUGCGGAUGAAAACCGCAUGACUCUGACCUCUGUGGCAGCUCAGAGUUCUGGACCUGUUCAGGCUGCUUGGCAAGAAGUCCCAGCAGUUGGUGUGUAUCGUAUUGACCUGAAGGCAGUUACAGAAGCUGGCUCUGUGGCGUUUGAGGUGUAUCCUUGGGCUCAUGGAGGAAUUGAUCUUGUCUCAAGCUGCAGUCGGGAGUCUGUCCCCAGCGGCUGCACUGCUGUGAUGAACCAGCCAGGACUUGUACUCACCUCGCCCGUGUGCCCCCUUAACACAUCCAUCCCAAAGUCACUAAAUGAGACAGAAACUGAUCCAAACUCACAUUCAUGUUUUAAGGAUCUGGAGCAGCUGCUUGCGAGCAAAGAGCAAAAUGACGAGGUGAAUCGUCUUAUUCAUGUUCUCAGUGAGGCAGUAAGGCGACGUGUUCAGUCUUUGCCGUUCAGGGUACAAGAGGACUCCUCUUUUUCUAACAACAGUGCUAGUAUUGCCAUACUUUUUUCAGGAGGUAUCGAUUCAAUGAUCCUGGCCACCUUAGCGGACCGUCACAUACCUGCUCAUCAACCAAUAGACCUUUUCAAUGUUGCAUUCAAGCAACAGUUGCCAAAGUCUCAAAAAGAGUCUGCAAAGAAACCCAAAAAGCACAAAAAUAAGCCCACAGAAUCCAAGAAUGAUGGAUCUGAUUCCCAAACAUCCGGCCCCUUCGAUGUUCCAGACAGAAUCACUGGACGAGCCGGCCUCGAGGAAUUAAGACACCUGAAUCCUGAAAGAAGGUGGAAUUUUGUUGAAAUCAACAUAACGAAGGAGGAGCUGCAGAAAAUCCGCCAGGAGCGCAUUUGUCAUUUGGUCCACCCGCUGGAUACGGUGCUCGAUGACAGCAUCGGAUGUGCUGUGUGGUUCGCAGCAAGAGGGACGGGGUUCAUCACUGAGGACGGUGAGCAGAGGCCCUUCACAUCGACUGCAAAGGUGAUUCUGACGGGAAUCGGAGCAGAUGAACAGCUCGCAGGUUACUCCAGACACAGAGUCCGAUUCAAGAUGUCUGGACACGAGGGACUGAUCCAGGAACUGGCCAUGGAGCUGAGCAGGAUCCCUUCCAGGAAUUUGGGCAGAGAUGACCGAGUGAUAGGUGACCAUGGGAAAGAGGCUAGAUUUCCCUACUUGGACGAGGACGUGGUGAGCUACUUGAAUUCUCUGCCCGUGUGGGAGAAGGCAGACCUGACGCUUCCUCGAGGUGUCGGGGAGAAACUCCUCCUGAGGCUGACGGCGAAGCAGCUGGGCCUCGGCCUAUCAGCAGUCCUGCCCAAGAGAGCCAUGCAGUUUGGCUCCCGCAUCGCAAAGAUGGAGGACAACCACGAAAAAGCCUCUGACAAAUGCACAAGACUCCUCACCGAGUAGACACACACUGAAUGAAUAUAAAAAAAAUU